AGGCUCGGCGGUAAGAGCGGAGGGAUGAUGAUGAUGAUGAGGACGGAGGAUGAGCGGUGAAGAAGGGGCGGGAGAAGAGUGAAGGCAGCCACCGCCGAGGAAUCUAUCCGGAACAACGAAGAUGAGAUGGGAUGCCGCGCUCUAUCUACUCUCGCUGCUGCUCUUCUCGUUGGCCAAUCUGUGCUGGGCUCUCGUCGAAACGCGAGGAUGCAAUCGCACUAUCAGAAAUUCCGUCGGAUGGAUACGUUGGACAGGACGAAUGGGACGAUGCAUUGUUCGCAUCAGAGCGCCUCCUAGAGAUCCUCAGGUGAUCGAGUUGAAAGUUAGGAAGCUGCAAGUUGGUUUCCUGAAAGAAACCAGAUGCGAGGGUGCUUACAUUCAAUUUUCCGAUGGUAGCGAGGACGUUGAAGAUGAAACAGGACGUUACUGCGGCUAUGUGAGUGGCAACACGACCAGGCUGUUCCUGAGGAGGGGGCCCAAUUUAACGAUCAUAAUGGACUCGGACGUGAAAUUCGCCGCCGAGAAUCCCGUGAUCUUCUCCGCCCAGUUCUCCAUACUGCCCGCCCAACUCGCGUCCGAGCGCCACCGCGGCUUCUCCCCGUCCCCCUCGUCCGAGUGCCCCCUCGAGUGCGCAGUGAGGAACGACCGAAGAUCCUGCAAACUGUCCUCGCCCGGCUACCCGGGCGUGUACCCGCGCGGGAUCAAGUGCAGGAUAGGGCUGGAGUCGGGCGCGGGCCGGUUCAAAAUCGGCGGCCAACCGGACGACACGUUCGACUUGAUGAACCGCACGUCGCAGGAGGGCUGCCAGACGGAGAAUUGCGAGGAGCACGUGGAGGCGGAGGCGGAGAAGUCGGGGCGCGGGCGGAGGAGCCCGGAGGAUCGCGAGGAGGAGGUGGAAUUUAUCAUCGGGCAGACGUCGUACAGGGGGAGGAGGGGGAGGAAUAAUCGAAGGAGGCUUAAGAAAGCGAGGAAGGACGAGGAUAUCCGGAGAAAUAUCGGUGGCCGCCCGAAAGAGAUCGGUCCGGAGGAUGGUCUGAAGGAGGAGGAAGAGGAGGAGGAGUCCGGUUUCCCGGCUCCUUAUCGCGGGCAGGGGAUCAGGCGGCAAGGGGAGGUUGUCCAGAAGAAGCGACUUCGUCACCCGCAGCGCGUGAUACAUAAGAAGUCCAUGGACUCGAUAAGCUUGAGAAGGAAUACCGAUCGUGAGCCAGGAGAUAUAUCGGACGCGAGGAUACCGAGCGACGGGGGGAUGGGGGGCCACGCGGAGAUCGGGAGGAAAGGAUUGAGCAAGGAGAGGAUCACCGCGUUACAGCUUCCCGAGUACCGAUACGCAAAGAAGGGUCGAGGAUCGGAGAGGUUGGGGAGCACCAGUUGCGUGGGCGAUUAUCUGACAUUGUUGGAGAACGUGGACGGGAAGAUGUUUGAGAUCUCCAAGUUUUGCGGGGAGGGCCACGUGCCGAGGAUCCUUUCGAGGGGGAGGAACAUCGUCGUCGAGUUCUUCGCGGAGCAGGACGGCACCGUGAUGCACGACGGCUUCCAGUUGUCGUUCCAGGAAACGGAGGAGGCGUACGCGAUGAGAAACGAUCAGAAUUGCGAGUUCGUGUACAGGAGCAGCGAACGGACGAGGGAGAGCAUCAAGUCGUUGCAAAGCUGGUAUCCGCCCAAUACUUUGUGCAGUUACAAAUUCAUGGGCAGAUCGUCGGAGAGGAUCUACGUUCAUAUGAAGAUAAUCAGAAACGAGCCGGAUCAGGAGUACACGCCGCAGAGACGGAACUUCAGCCUGAAUUAUUGCUCUGGAAACGAGAUCGCGGUUUACAAUGGGAUCGAGGUGAACAACAGCGUCUUGAUGUGGUCUUAUUGCGACGUAUCCCACCAGGACAUCAAUAACAUACAAGUUCCUCUUACAUCGAGCGGCAACGAGUUGUUGAUACAAUAUUAUAGCGCGAAGGGGUCGUACGAUGGCCAAGAGUUCACUUACACGAUAUCGUACAGGUUUAUAAAGAAGGCGCAAAAUUCUACGAGCAGGCGGCAAAUACAGGACGAUUUCAAGCUAAUCUCUCUGAGGCCGGUAAACUUUUCAGCGUUGAAUUUGAACGAGAGCGAGAAUUGCAACUGCGAUUUCGGCGACAGGAUCGGCAGUUUUAAAAACUGGUUUAUGGUGCUCGUUGUGUUGGGCAUAGUCUCGUUUCUUGGCGCCAUACUCACGAUAAUAGCGCUCCUUGCCAAAUGCAUCAAAAUGAGAUCGAUGGAAAAGAAACUGCUACAGACCCCGAAACUGUGAAGAAAAUUUUGUACGAUUUUUAUUAGAAUUUUUCUACGAAUAAAAACGAUUUUUUUUUU